AUGGAGAGAACCUCAUCGGCCACACCGCACUUCCUGUUCGUCACCACCCCGAUGCAGGGCCACAUCAACCCGGCGCGCCGCCUCGCCACCCGCGUGCUGUCCUCCAUGCCGACCGCGCGCGUCACCUUCUCGACCGCAGUCGCAGGCCACCGCCUCAUGUUCCCAUCCCUGCCCGCACCCGAUGCGGAGACCGUCGACGACGCCGGCGUGCUCUACGUGCCCUACUCCGACGGCUACGACGAGGGCUUCGAUCCCGUGGUUCAUGGCACAGGCACCUACAAGGAGCGGUCACGCACGGUUGGGCGCGAGACGCUCUCCGCCGUCGUCGCCGGCCUCGCCGCCCGCGGCCGCCCGGUCACGUGCAUGGUCUACGCCUUCCUCGUGCCGUGGGCGGCCAGCGUCGCGAGCGCGCACGGGGUCCCCGCCGCGCUCUACUGGAUCCAGCCCGCCGCCGUCUUCGCCGUCUACUACCGCUACUUCCACGGCCACGACAAGCUCAUCGCCUCCUCCUUCGCGACCGACACCGCGGCACCCGUCGUCGAGCUGCCGGGGCUGCCGCCGCUCAAGUCAAGCGACCUGCCGUCGGUAGUGUCCAUCACCUCGCCGGACCACCCGCACUACCUGAUGCUCGACAUGAUGCGCGACCUCUUCUCCGCGCUCGACGAGCACAAACCCAACAAGGUGCUCGUCAACACGUUCGACGCGCUGGAGCCCGACGAGCUCCACGCAAUCCCUCAGUUCGAGCUCGUCGCCGUUGGUCCCGUGGUGCCGGACGAGGCGUCUACGGGAAGCACAGACCUAUUCCGCCGCGAUGACGCGACGGCGUACAUGGAGUGGCUGGACACCAAGCCGGCGCGGUCCGUGGUGUACGUCUCCUUCGGGACCGUCUUCCCGAUGAGCAAGCGGCAGGAGGAGGAGAUGCGGCGUGGCCUGGAGGCCACCGGCCGGCCGUACCUGUGGGUGGGGCGCAAGGGCGACGGCGGAGAGCAGCACGUGAACGGGGUGGUGGUGGAGUGGUGCGACCAGGUGAAGGUGCUGUCGCACCCGGCGGUGGGCUGCUUCAUCACGCACUGCGGGUGGAACUCCACGCUGGAGAGCGUCACGCGCGGCGUGCCCAUGGUGGCCGUGCCGCAGUGGACGGACCAGCCGACGGUGGCGUGGCUGGCGGAGGCGCGCAUGGGCGUCGCGGUGCGCGCCAAGGUGGACGGCGAGGGCGUCGCCGCGGGAGGCGAGCUGCAGCGGUGCGUGGACACGGUCAUGGGCGACGGAGAGGCCGCGUCGGGGAUCCGGGCUGAGGCGGACCUAUGGAUGGCGCGUGCGAACGAGGCGAUCGCCGGCGGCGGGGCGUCGGAGAGGAACCUCCGGGCGUUCGCGUCCGAGCUCUAGCCUGAUGUGACGUGAACGUCGCAUGCGGAGAGCCGAUGAGGUUCGUGCGCGUGACGUCAGCCGUGUCUGCUUCAAUCUGUUUCACAAUUGCGGCGUCAUGAUCGAUGGCACCUCUAUGUUUUACAUGUUUGUUUAGGGAAGCUAUCCAAUCUGAUGGAAUGAGAUUAUCAAAGAUGCUGGACAGAAAAGGCA